AUGGGGCGUGUUGGGAUGGAAACAUUUAGUUGGGGCGCGGAGCUCCCGGAGUCGGCGUUUUUCUUGUUCCCGCGUGGUGGUGUCAUAGAUGGUGCCGAUGCGACGUUUAUUUCUCUCACUGCAUUGUUUGAAGAAUGCAUUGAACUGUACCAAGGUGGAUGGCUGCUCUUCGGUAUGGCGCUGGAAGGUCCGAGAUAUGUCUUGAUUCCAUGGUACGACCAACCAGAAUGGGACCCGUUUUGUGAUUAA